CGAUUGGCAGUUUCGCGUCACGUGACCAGGAAUUGGCUGCAAUUUUGCCCCAUAGUUCUUCAGUUUAGCCUACCCAUGGUCCCCAUACGCUAGUAAUAUCACCAAUUUACACAAUUAUUAUAUAGCCGCUGUAUUUGCACCAUUGCGGUUGGGAGCCUAUGCUCGUGCGCUUUUUCAUUUCUUUCCACCCGGGAAGCCAUAUUGUUUUGUGUGCGUGUGCGAGCGUGCGCGUCUAUGUGUGUUUGUGUUUUUUUUGUGUUUUUUUUAUUUUGGGGGACGGAUUGUUUCGGGGGUCUCGCCGUUCUGAGGUCGACACUGGUUCGAGGGAGCUAUGAAUUUUGAAUUUGAGAGGGAGAUCGGUUUUAUCAACAGCCAGCCGUCCCUAGCAGAGUGCCUGACGUCCUUCCCAGCCGUCCUGGAGUCAUUUCAAACUUCAUCAAUCAAGGAGUCGACAGUAAUUCCGCCUCCCUUCGAGCACACCAUCCCCAGCCUCAGCCCCUGCACAGCCAACCAGCCGAGACCGUCUGCUAGGAGCCAUCAGAACCGGAGAACAUCCAUUGCCAAUGGCCUCCAGACGAAUCACCGGGGCGCCCAGCAACACUGCCCGACCGGUCAGACCCCUGCGUCGGCCUCCACCGCCCCGGCCGGCCCACUGGCCCACGAGUUCCCCUGGAUGAAAGAGAAGAAGUCCUCAAAGAAGUGCCCGAAGUCUGUGAGCGGCUCCAGUGGUGGCGGAUCCAUCAUCCCCCCCGCCUCGUCCUCCCCGUCGCCGACCGCCUCUGGGUACGCAUUGGCGGGCAUCGAGUCACCCACAGACCCGAGCCAGGCGAAUUUGGAUAACGGAGGUGCCGGGUCCAGACGACUGCGCACAGCCUACACGAACACGCAGUUGCUGGAGCUGGAGAAGGAGUUCCACUUCAACAAAUACCUGUGCCGGCCCAGGAGGGUGGAGAUUGCCGCCCUCUUGGAUCUGACCGAGCGGCAAGUGAAAGUGUGGUUCCAGAACCGGCGGAUGAAACACAAGCGCCAGACGACCCACCACCGGGACGGCGGAGGCCACGAUUCGGGCGAGUUCGAGCCGCUCGAAGGCGCCGACGCGUCGUCCCCUUACUCGAGCCAGCCGCUGGAAGCAUCUGGCACCGGGGAGGCUGAGUCUGACUGCGAGGCGGGGAGCUGCAAUCCAUCUUCGGCCGCCUACGAGAAUGACAGUGGAGACAAUGCACAGCCCACGUCGGAGAACGGAGGCCGGCUGAGCAGCCCCGAACGCCCACAGUUGCUCGGGGCAUCUGGCUCCUCCGACGUGGCCGCGGGUCGCCACUCUCCGCCGGCGUUCACGGCGACGGGCUCCUCCGCCCUCCCGGGCCUGAUGCAGCUCGGCGAGGCCGCGCUUGCGGCAGCAGAGGCCCCGUGCGACCCGUCCUUCUCCGAGCACCGGGACUCCUCCGCCUCCUCCAGCUUGUCCUCAGCGGCCGCGGCCACGUCCUCCUCGGCCGCGCUGCCGGACCUGACCUUCUUUGCCGGGGAGGCUUGCCUGUCGCCCAGCCUGCAGAGCUCCCUGGACAGCCCGGUGGAUUUCUCCGAGGAGGACUUCGACCUGUUCACGAGCACACUGUGCACCAUAGACCUGCAGCACCUCAACUUUUGAGAAAUAGAAAAGGACAAGAACACAAGGAGCACUGAGCGGAGGAAGAAGGCCCCGAAAGCUUCUCGGAAACAUUCCUGUAACAUUUCUGAAUGAAAAUGAUCGUCCUGUAUUUUUUCGUCUUCUGCUGGCUUUUAUUCUACGGUUAUAACUUACCUGGUUUGAGAGAGAUGCACUUCAUUUAUUUUUUAAAAAUAUUUUAAACAUCCAUGGGAUUUUAUUUUUUUGUUUUUUUUUUCCACGGUCGAAACUCUUUGGAUGUUUGUCUCUCCCCGUUUUCAGGUAAUUUAUUGCCUCCGUUGUUUUUUUCCCUUCUUUUUUUUAAUCAGAAAUGAUUCACCCUCAUAAGUAUUUGUGAAUUUGUUCCAUCUCGUACAUUCUGAUGCAGAAUUAAUAACCUCUCAGGAACUGUUCACGGAGUCUGUUGGUGCACAAAGCUGGACUGCUUUUUAGAAAAAUAAAAAUUCCAACUGAAUGAUGAAUUAUUUGUCUCUCUCUGAACGAGACAAGAAAAGUACUGAUGACCCGAGUUUUAGACACUAGUUUAUUUAUUGAGAUUCUUUAAUAGUGAAAAUCCAAAUUAUUUAUUGUACAUAUAUUUUCAUAGUGUAAUAAUAAUAAAAACAGAAACAUUUAA